AUGUCGAAUCCAAACGCUACCGAGCCUUCUCCUCUCUCGGAGACGACCAUACCCAGCAGCUUCGACAACGAAUUCUUCGAAGAGUCCCGCUUCCAGAAGUUCUCUCGGAAACUCCGACAAGAGCCUCUAAUCCCCAUCGGUUGCGCGGCGACAUGUUACGCUCUGUACAUGGCGACCAAGUCGAUCCGGGCCGGCGACCAUCACCAGACGAACCGCAUGUUCCGGGCGCGUAUCUACGCGCAGGGCUUCACGCUGCUGGCUCUGGUGGCCGGAAGCUACUUUUACAAGGACGAGCGGCUCAAGCGCAAGGCCUUUGAGGCCGCGCUGGACGAGAAGAAGACUGCGGAGAAGAGAGAGAAGUGGCUCCGGGAGCUCGAGGCACGAGACGAGGAGGACAGAGCCUGGAGAGACCGCAUCGAAAAAGCAAGCGCAGAUGCAAGAGCCGGUGUGCAAGAUGUCAAGCAGUCGACGGAGAGGUUCCUCGACGAGGGCAAGGACAGUCUCAAACAGCAGAUUGCGCCUGAGCAGACAGAGCAGAAGAAGAAGUCGAGCUGGAAUAUUUGGAGUAGGAGCGUCAAGGACGAGGUUGUGCUUGAUGGAUGGGGCCCUGGCAUGUGGGCGACGAGGACCAGAGAUGCAUGGAGGAGGUUUUGA